AUGAAGGAGAAAUCUAAAAACGCGGCCCGGACUCGACGGGAAAAAGAAAACAGUGAGUUUUAUGAACUGGCCAAACUGCUGCCGCUGCCCUCCGCCAUCACCUCCCAGCUGGACAAAGCGUCCAUCAUCCGGCUGACCACCAGCUACCUGAAGAUGAGGAUCGUGUUCCCUGAAGGUCUGGGGGAGUCCUGGGGUCACGUGAGCCGCAGCUCUCUGGAUGGAGUCACUCAGGAGCUUGGCUCACACCUCUUACAGACGUUAGACGGCUUCAUUUUUGUGGUGGCUCCAGACGGUAAAAUAAUGUACAUAUCAGAGACGGCAUCGGUCCACCUGGGCCUGUCACAGGUCGAGCUGACGGGAAACAGCAUCUAUGAAUACAUCCACCCGGCAGACCACGAUGAAAUGACGGCCGUCCUCACAGCGCACCAGCCUUACCACUCACACUUUGUCCACGAGUAUGAGAUGGAGCGCUCCUUCUUUCUGAGGAUGAAAUGUGUCCUCGCUAAAAGAAACGCUGGUCUCACCUGUGGAGGAUACAAGGUGAUCCACUGCAGCGGCUACCUGAAGAUCCGUCAGUACAGCCUGGACAUGUCUCCGUUCGACGGCUGCUAUCAGAACGUCGGGCUGGUGGCCGUCGGUCACUCUCUGCCGCCGAGCGCUGUCACAGAAAUCAAACUGCACAGCAACAUGUUCAUGUUCAGAGCCAGCCUGGACAUGAAGCUCAUCUUCCUCGACUCACGGGUUGCAGAGCUGACAGGAUAUGAACCUCAGGAUCUGAUCGAGAAGACUCUGUAUCAUCACGUCCACAGCUGUGACUCCUUCCACCUGCGCUGUGCUCAUCACUUGUUGCUGGUCAAAGGCCAGGUCACCACCAAGUACUACCGUUUCCUGGCCAAGCCUGGCGGCUGGGUCUGGGUUCAGAGUUAUGCAACCAUCGUCCACAACAGCCGCUCAUCGAGACCUCACUGCAUCGUCAGUGUCAACUACGUUCUCACGUGA